AUGGACGGGGAUCGCUUAAAGGCCGUUCUCGCGCGCUGCCGGAGGAUCCGCGGUGGGGCCGAGACACUCAGCAAUCUCCCACCGCAACUGGCCGAACGGCUGAAGUCCCUCUACGCGAAGUGCGAGAGGCUCAAGCAGGUGAAGAAGAGCGACACCCCGGAGUCUGGAUCGCCUGCGCUCGCCGUAGAGGAAAGCGGCUCAGAAGGCGAAGAAGGCUCAGAGCCCGAGGAGGUGGAGGACGCGGCGGAGGCCUCAGUCCCUACCAAGAGCGACGAGGCUUUGCUGGGUCGUGAUGGCUGGGAUGGCCUGGCCGACAACGUGGACAGGCAGCCCGAGCAAGACGACGGCACAGCAACGUUCGAUCCCUACCUCCUGGCAGACGCGGACGCAGAUGCGGAUGCGGGAGGGGAGGAAGCUGAAGAGCUCGAAGAGGACUCUGCCACGGAGGCCAGUGAUUGGGAAGACUGCGAUUGGACUGACCUUCCCCUUGGCACCACCUUCGACGCGGACGGCGCUUCCUACUCUGUGGCCCGGAAGCUGGGACAAAGCCAAGGGAUCAUCACCUAUGCGGUCAACUGCAAAGGAGAGAACUAUGUCGCCAAGUUUGCAGCCAAGGGCCCUGAGGCAGCCGCGAGGAGGCGCUCCGGUGAAGCAGCCGAUGCCGAUGUCGUGCUGCAGAACGUGUCCGUAGAUGUCUUUGACGUCAGCUCCUUCGUGAAGACUCUCGCGGAGGUCAUGGCAGACUUUGGCGUGUCUCAGCUCCCGGCGCCUGCUCCCACACUUUCUCCGGCGAAGAGCGCAGCUCCGGCCACCCAGCCAGGACCCGCGAUGCUGGUGCCUACCGAGGCAGCCCCGCAGCCAGAGGCGGCGACGUUCAAGCGACUGUUUCAUGAGCCAGGAAAGCCAGAGGAGCCCAGUCCAGAGAAGGUGAAGACGCUGUUCGGCGAAGCGGCCGAUGUCCAACCGAGAAGGCAGACGUCCUUGGACAAAUCCUGCUUCAAAGUCCUCUUCCGGGAGCCGGCUCUGGAGACCGCGCCAACCACGAAGGAGGAGGGCACUCGGCCAGAAGGGAGCCAAGGCCAAGCCGAGCUCUUGGCGCCCGCUUUCGCCAAGUUUCCCAGUGUUGUACCGCCGAGGAAGCUCGAGGGGUCCUCUCCGGAGAGAUCGCCGCCUGUUGGCCAAGAGACGGUCAGCGAAGUUUGGUACAAGGCGCCGCCUCCCAAGAAGACCUUGAGCUCCAUGCUGAGCAGCUACGAGGAUGAGGAGCCCUUGGAGCCGGAAAGCACUGUGGAGCGGCUCGGAGUGAGGCUUACUUCUGAUGCGGCUCGAGAGCGUGCCGCGCAGCGCCGCGGCCGGGCGGAGGUGCGACCCGUCAUGGAUGAGGCACCGAGCAUCGAGGAUCCUGCUGUUGCAGGUGCUGCCAGCGAAACAGGUGGCCUGCUGCCGGGCAGUGUGUGGGACCCUGCCACAGGCCAGUUUGUGUCGGAACCGAUUCCCGACGACAUUCUGCAAAGCUUCAAGAAAGAGAAGGAUCUUAAGCUGGAGGACUACCAGGAAAGGGUGCUCAUGGCCCAGCUUGCCGAGAAGAAGCGGCGCUUAGAGUAUCAGAAGGAGGAGGCAGAGAGGAGAGUGCGCAUGAAGAAGAUCGAGGAGGAGCGGGCGAAGCAGCAAGAGCUCCUGCGCCAGCAGCCACCACAGCCACAUGAGAGCGUCCUCGGUGCUUUGCUGGCCUAUGAAACCGCCGAGGCGCUGGGAGCAGCGACGCAGAAGACCGAGGAGGAGCAAACGCCCGAGCUCUCGCCACCGGCCAAUCCAGAGUCUCCACCUCCAGGGCCAGAUCAGCUGGAGAUGCAGGCUGCCUCGGUGCCUGUGGAUGUGCAGGUGGUGCCAGGCAGCUCGACGCAGCUGCCUGAGGCAGACCAGGCGCAGCUCCUGAACGUGCAGCUCCAAGCGCAGCAGUUGCAGGUGCAACAGCUGCAGCUCCAGCAGCUCCAGGCACAGCAGCUAGCCACGCUCCAGUCGCUGCUGAACCUGUACAGCCGUAUGUCUUCUCCGCUCGCAGCCGCGGGGCCAGCGAUUGCUUUGGAUCCGCAGCAGCUUGCGAUGCAGCAGCAAAUGCAGCUGGCUGCACAGAUCCACGCCUGGAUGUCUGCAGGUCAUGCGCCUCCCGCCCUGUGA